AUGUCCACGAGUACCUCACGACCCCACACGAAGCCAGAGACAGUCGACAACAAUCCAAGCGAGCAGCUGGGCUCAUGGAUCGUGGCCGUGACCGAGAGUCGGGGUGUCGGCCGGGAAGUGGGGAUCGUCGGCUUCGAGCUCCAGUUUGGUCAAAUCAUACUCUCCCAAUUAGCGGACUCUCAAACCUAUGCUAAAACGAUUCAUUGGCUUCGCCAAAGACCUCCCUCACACUUGCUUUUAGUAGCACCUGCUUCGCCAAACUCCUUGACCAUCUUACACACCACACUCAAACAUCUCUUCCCAGCCAUUCCGUUGACUGUUCUGCCCCGCGCGAGCUUUGCCUCCGAGAAAGGGUACUCUCUCCUUCAAGACUUGUGUUCGGCUGGACCACAAUCCGAAGCAACGCUGGCGGAAGUUAGACAAAAGUAUUACGCCCUCGGCGCGGCAUCGGCGGUGAUUGACUGGAUCCAUAAAAGGCUCAUUCAAACCGGGAAGUCUCACUGGGAAAGACACUCUUUGAAUGUCAAAUGGCUCAGCGUUGAAGGGUGCAUGUUGAUCGAUCGCAAUACUGCCGUAGACCUUGAAUUGAUCAACAAUGCGGUUUCCUCCAAAUCCAAGCAGAGUCUGUUUGGUCUACUAAAUCACACGUACACGCCAAUGGCUAACCGUCUGCUUCGAAGCAAUUUACUGGCACCCCCUACGGAGAUUGAGGUAAUUGACGGGAGGCUUGAUGCUGUUGAGGAAUUAAUCGAAUUAGAAGACUCCUUUUUCAAUCUUCGAAAAUCUUUAAAACUUUUGACUCAAAUAGAUCUCGAUAAGCUCAUAGGCGGUAUUAUUUCGACCGAACUGGCUAGCAACAGAUCUAGCUGUAACUCACAAUCAGGGAGUCUCUCAAUGACAAGCCUACCUUCAUCUUCCAAGAAGAAAAAAACAGCAGCCAUAGACCCAUCUAUAGCGAUAACCAAAAAACUCGAGCUUUUGAAGUCACUUCGAACCAUUCUUCAAUCUCUAAAUCCGAUUCGGAGUGCCUUAUCGAAUUGCUCUAGCGAGCUUCUCCGUCUAGCUUCAAACAUCUUCCAAGACGCCUUCUUGGAUGAGAUGGCUUCAGUCAUUCAAUUCCGUGUCAAUGAAGAUUCGUUUCUCGGAAUCCAAAAGGGAAGUCUCGCGAAGCAAAACGUCCAUGCCUACGCCAUCAAGGCUGGUGUGGAGAACCAAUUGCUCAAUGUGGCACGAGAAACGUACAAGGAAAACUUGUCAGAUGCCAUGGCGAUGUGUGAAGCUUUGAAGGAAGAAUAUCAUCUACCUAAACUACAAUUUGUCUUUGAAACCAGGACCGGUUUCAUGCUACAGAUGAAGAAAGACGACUUACGAGCCACCAGCAAAGAUUCGGCCUAUCAUCCUGACGGCCUUCCAAAAGUUUUUACCAACAUCGUUAAAAGGGGGAAAACCCUGCAUUUUACCUGCUUGGACUUGAAAAAGAAAAACCAACUGAUCAUCAACUCAUAUCAAGAGAUUUGUCUGCUAAGUGAAGAAGUUCUAGACGCGAUUUUUGAAGAAUUCAGGAAAAGAGUCUCGACCUUCUUCAGGCUCUCCGAAGCCAUUUCUUUGCUCGAUAUGUUGGCGAGUUUUGCGCAUGUGGCGACCACUCGCGAAUAUGUUCGACCUGAGUUCACGGACACGCUAGCCAUAAGUGAUGGCAGACACCCUAUUAAAGAGCUGUUUGAUUCCGAAAGCGAUGAGUUUGUGCCGAAUGACACGUUUGCUAGCGAAGCGUGCUCUUUCCAAUUGGUUACAGGGCCUAACAUGAGCGGAAAGUCGAUAUUUUUGCGACAAAUCGCUUUGAUGGUCGUUAUGGCACAAGUUGGAUGCUUUUGCCCAGCAAAAUACGCCUCGUUCCCUGUCUUUGACGCUCUUUUGACCUGCCUCUCCAAGAAUGAUGACAUUGAGGCUGGCCUGUCGACUUUCUCCUCUGAGAUGAAGACGGUGUCCGGAAUACUUUCCUCUAUGGCAGUGUGUAGCAACCCUCUUAUAAUUAUAGAUGAACUUGGCAGAGGUACAUCACCCCUGGAAGGAGUCGGAAUCGCUCAUGCAUUCAGCGAAGAAAUCAUCAAAGCGAAAUCUUUCUGCUUUUUUGCAACCCAUUUUAGAGAACUUUCUAUGACGUUGAGCGUCUAUCCCAAUGUGGCCUGCCUUCAUUUGGAGACUAUAUUGAGCAAGCAAGAAGCCACGAUGGCCUUACAGUUUCCUCACAAAGUUCAUGGAGGGGCUGUGAAGAAUGCAGGCUAUGGUAUCGAGCUCGCUUCGAUCGCUGCCUUGCCUCAUAAUGUCAUGAGUCGUGCCAAAAAGAUCUCCGAAGAAAUGGCGGCCCUAAGCACCGAGGUCGAAAGAAACAGCACCACGAACAAAGUGUUGAGGAGGCGUAAAGUAUUGUUGGAGGUGUGUACGACCUUGAAGAACUUGGCCAAUCAUAGUAAACUUCCCUCGUCCGAACUCGGCAGGUUUCUGAAGGAUUAUCAGAGAGACACCAUUCAUCGCUUGCAGCCCGAUGAAGAUAUGUCUUCCUCCGGGUCAUAG